AUGUCUUCUAAGCCACAACCACCCUCAUCAGAUCUCCCGACAUACUCCUUCCGCACAGCCAAAGACUUAGAAUCAUUUCUUGAGCGCAAGCAUACAACCACACCAGGAUUUCACCUCAAAAUUGCCAAAAAGGCCUCCGGCAUCCAAUCUGUAUCUGCCGCCGAAGCAGUGGAAACGGCACUCUGCUUCGGCUGGAUCGACGGCCGCGCUAACGGCUACGACGCGGACUGGUGGCUGGUGCGGUAUACACCGCGACGAGCGAAGAGUAUCUGGUCCCAGAAGAAUGUGAAUACGGUCUCGCAGCUACUCAAAAAUGGCCGCAUGAGACCCGCGGGCCUGGCAGCCGUCGAAGCUGCGAAGGCUGAUGGUCGCUGGGACCGCGCGUACGCCGGUCCUGCGACUAUGACCGUUCCUGAGGAUUUCACGACUGCUCUUGCGGCGGAGCCGGCUGCUCAGGAGAUUUUUGAGACGUUGAAUAAAAGUGAGCGGUAUUCUGUGCUACAUCGUGUGCAGACGGCUUCUCCGUCGGCGCGAGCGAAGCGGAUUGGGGUGUUGGUGCUGAUGCUUGCUGAGAAGAAAUCUGCUGCUUCGUCUGGGAAGCGAAAACCUGCUGAUGGUGAUAAGGUCGGUGGUCAAGGUAAAGUUGUUAAACAGAGCAAGAAGAAAAGGUGA